GCAUGUGCGUGACAGAGGGAGGGAGAGAGAGAGAGAGAGAGAGAGAGAGAGAGAGAGGAGGAAAUCCACGCAGGAGGAGGAAGGGGACAUAAAAGGAGCAAAGAAAAGGGGGGGAAAAGAAAAAAGACAAGACAAGGGGACCCAGAUUACCGGGGAAGAUGGCUGAGCCGGAGCUGAAAUCACGAAGCAGCCGGGAAAGCGUUGCCAAGGCGUCGAGCCAGGAGAGGAUGGGGGCCGCUGCCGCCGACCCGGACCGGGACGGUGCCAUCGCGGAGCGCCCGGCGUCUCCGCCCCCCCCCGCGACCACCCCCCCCGCCGCCCCGGGCCCCGCCGGCGGCUCGCCCGCCAAAGGGGAGAAGAUCGAGCUGAAGCGCAGCAUCACGCUGUUCAACGGCGUGGGCAUGAUCAUCGGCACCAUCAUCGGCUCCGGCAUCUUCGUCACGCCCACGGGCGUGGUCAAGGAGACGGGCUCGGCCGGCCUCUCCCUCAUCGUGUGGUCCGCCUGCGGCGUGGUGUCCACCAUGGGCGCCCUGUGCUACGCCGAGCUGGGCACCACCAUCGCCAAGUCCGGCGGCGACUACACGUACAUCCUGGAGGUGUACGGCGAGCUGGCGGCGUUCCUCAAGCUGUGGGUGGAGAUGCUCAUCAUCCGGCCGUCGUCGCAGUACGUGGUGUCGCUGGUGUUCGCCACGUACCUCCUGAAGCCCCUCUACCCGAGCUGCCCUGUGCCCGACGGCGCCGCCAAGCUCAUCGCCUGCAUGUGUCUGACCUCGCUCACGUUCGUGAACUGCAUCAGCGUGAGAGCCGCCACCAAGGUCCAGGACCUGUUCACGGCCUCCAAGCUGCUGGCGCUGAUCAUCAUCAUCCUGUUUGGCUUCGUCCAGAUUUCCACAGGUGAUGUGCCAUACCUGACCCCAGAGAAGGCGUUUGAAGGCAGUAAAAUGGGGGUGGACAACAUUGUGCUGGCUUUGUACAGUGGUCUCUUUGCUUUUGGAGGCUGGAAUUACCUGAAUUACGUAACUGAGGAGAUGAUCAAUCCAGAGAGGAACCUGCCCCUGUCAAUCAUCAUAUCCAUGCCCAUAGUGACUGUGGUGUACGUUCUGACCAACCUGGCCUACUUCACCACCAUCUCUCCUCAAGUUAUGGUGGAGUCCGAGGCCGUUGCCGUGAGUUUUGGGGAGUAUCACCUCGGUGUGAUGUCCUGGCUCAUUCCCGUGUUCGUGGGCCUGUCCUGCUUCGGCGCCGUCAACGGAUCCCUCUUCACCUCAGCACGGCUGUUCUACGCCGGCGCUCGGGAGGGUCAGCUCCCCGCUGCUCUGGGCCUGGUCCACACCGACCUGUUCACCCCCGUCCCGUCCCUCAUCUUCACCUGCUGCCUGUCCAUGAUGUACGCCAUCUCCCAGGACAUCUUCUCCGUCAUCAACCUCUUCAGCUUCUUCACGUGGCUCUGUGUGGGCAUGGCCAUAGCCGGGCUGCUCUGGCUGCGCUUUACCAAGCCCGACCUCAGAAGGCCCAUCAAGGUGUACCUCUUCAUCCCCGUGACCUUCGUCCUGGGCUGCGUCUUCAUGAUCGUGGUGUCCUUCUGGGCGGCGCCGUUCGAGUGCCUGGUGGGCAGCAGCAUCAUCCUGACAGGCAUCCCGGCCUACCUGCUGGGCUACAAGUGGAAGAAGCCGCAUGUGGUCAAGAAGAUGCUGGAAAUCUUCACCUUGUUCUGUCAGAAGGUCUUCAUGUCGGUUCCCGAGGAGAGGGAGCAGCAGGGGGCGGCUGAGUAGAGGCGGAGGCCCGGCGGCGCCGAGGACCUCGAUGUUUCAUCCUCCACGCGUUUGCGUUCAUUCAGUCUAAGUGGCUUAAAUGAGGGUUUGACAUGAAUGUACAUAUAGAUGUUUAACAUGUCAAACAGACUCAUCGGAGUCGCGAUUUGACAUUUAGACAUUUUCCACUACUGGUUUUGAAUCACAUCUCUUUUGAUCCGGGUCAUGCUUUUAUUCUGCUUUAUGGAGUAUUUGUAGUCACACUGAAAGCACAUGCAGCAAACACAACAAACUCUAGUGGCCUAAAACGUCAAGUCAGCGUGUUAGACUUUUUAAAGUGUAUUACUAACAACUAAACAUUAAUAAUGUUUAUUGUCGUAUAGUGCAGUCUUGUAGGUUAUUGUACGAAGCUAACGAUCUUUGAGUUGUAACCGAGAACAUACCUCCCUGCGAUAGUUUACGAUGCUCCUGACGUGACGUGCAUACAGGAACUAUGUACAGCGAAGGAAUUAUAUAACUUAUAUUUGUGUUACACAACAAUCUAUGUUUUGUAUUCAUCUGCAAAGCAAAUCCGCAGAAGUGUCUUGAAGCACAAACUCAAAUGAAGAGGAGUGUACGUGACGAGCGUUGCUGUUCCUUCAGUCAUGUUCUCGUAAGCAGCACCUGUCAGUCAGGUUUGAGUCCUGUUUUAGAAGCUGUGUAGAUGUUACGCUAGUGGCUGUUAUAGUGCGUUCAUUGUAGUGUUUGUGUUUUAUACUGUGCCUGUUGUGUCAGACAUGACAGUGCUGCUAGUUUGUUUUCUACGCUUUGCUUUGUUUUAUGGUCCUGUAAGAACUGAAUGAAUGUUACAAAUGUAGUGACAUCAGCUUUACUUUGAACUUUAUUUUUAUAGGAAAUGUACCUAUAAAAUAUUGACUUUUUAUCUGAA